AUGCAGGCUACUAAUGGGAUCCCGAAUAUUCCUCUGUCCUUCUUUGCUUCCAUUCCCGUGCCAAACACCAACAAUGUGUAUCAUCUGCCAACAUUAAUGACAAACACGACCACCAUGCAGCAAUAUGUUCCCAUCCAGUCCCCAGAGACGCCAGCAAGGGAAAAGACUCUGUGGUCCAAGGCUGCUCCUCUAGUCCCACACGAAAUCAUGAGGGUCGCUGAUCGCAACUUCAACAUAGCAUCGUUGCAGACCCCAGUCACUCUAAAGAGACGAGAUCCAAACGACAAUAGAGACAUUACCGAUGCUGAGAUUGAAGACGAAAUCAUUGUAAAGCCAAAUGAUAAGAAUGACAAGGGUAAAAAGGCUAGUCCAUCUCCAGGCCCACCAAAAGUGAAAGCCGAUGGCACCGAAGUCGAAAAGUUUGAUGCUUCAAGGGUUGCUCCCAUGGGAAGAGCCGUCAUCUCUCGUCAGAAUCGCUUCCAACGCAGGACUCGUGAAUAUGACGCAAACGAUGAACGACGAUUUGCCGAGAGAUUCAAGGAACGCGAUGAGGCAAUGCCUUGGAUCUUGUCGGGUGCUAAUGCUGAUCCGGCUGCAGAAUUGACGGGUACUGCUGACGGAGAUCAGGAUGCAGUGUAUUGGUUGCUCUACGAAAGGGCGGAUGGAUUUGAGGUGGUUCCAGCCGACAAGUUUUACAAGUUUGUCGCAAAACCAAAAUACGAGACAAAGGAUUACGAGACUGCUGAAUUGGAAUUCGCCAAAGGUCUUGGUAGUUCAGUAUCAAAGAAUCGAAAUAACAAUAUUACCAAGUUAAUGGCCAAGAAGUUUGAAGAAGAUGACAAACUGACUCCAGAACAGUUGGCAGACAUUGAACGUCUGAAAAUGAAUCGAUUCACCGUUUUGAAGGAUGCUGAUCGUGUAGUCUACUCUGGACUCAAAGGCUUGAAUGUCAAACAAUCCAAACGAGAAGAAGAUGAAGAAGACGACCAUCUGGAAUUCGACUCUUCUCCAUUUGAAGAUGACGGAAACGAAGAUUUGGGUCAAGAGAUUGAUGAACAGGAUCGGAAAGAGAUGGAUAAACGAACCAAAGCUGAUCAGCGAAAGGCUACCAAUGCUUGGAAGGAGUUGGUAGAUGAUGAAAUAGAAGAAGAGGAUUAUGAUGCGCCAAAGAGGUUUGGGGCUUCGAAUACUUCCAAGAGUCUGAAGAAGAGGCUGAAGCAGACAUCAGCGCAAACAGGUCUGAGUUGGGAUGCUUACGGAUCAGAAGGGUCGGAUGAAACAGAAGACGACGACGAAGAAGACGAAUCUCCAAAAUCCAACUCCCGUAAAGAAGAAUUCAAACCAAUACUAGGUCGCGGGCUAAAGUCGGCCCAAAAGAAAUCCUCGAAAUCACCAUCGCCAUCCUCAUCACGCGAAUCUUCACUCGACCUCAAAGUUGGUACAAAAAUGACAAUCAAGAUGAAGGAAACCAGAUCAUCAAUAUCACCACCGCCUGGUAAACUAAAGAGAGGUCGUAAAGGGCAGGAUAAUGAAGAUUCUGCUGCGAAGAGAGCUCGAUCAUCUACACCUAUCGAACAUCCACCAGCACCAACAUGGCAAGAAGUAUUGAAGCAGCAAACUAUUAGUAAAAAGCAAGCGAGUGGUAGUGGACGUGCAACAAGUGCCGAUCCAUCUCUACUUCAACAAUCUCAACAACAACAGCAACGACCAACAGGUGUACGACACGUCUCACCACCGCGCCCAUUACCUUCCAACCAUCCUCAAGUCAUUGCAGCAGCUGCAGCGGCAGCCAAUAACACAACAUCAGCAAACACACCCAUAACUUUAAAACGAUCGUCUACGCCAUCAUCAUCUGUGCCACCGAAUGAACCACCAUCGAAACGGGUAAAACAUGUGGCAUCUUCUUCGCUAAGUCCUCCACCGCCGCAUGCUAUGUCCAGUGGUGGUAGUAGUGUAGCGAGUCGACCACCUACACCUGCUUCGGCACUCAAACAGGGUGGUAGUAGUAGUGGGAGUGGUAAUGGUGCUGUCAAGUCGUCGCCUGGAAGGCCUGCUGCUACUUCUGUAUCAACACUCGCUAAAUCUCCCGCUUGCACCUUCUUAGGAUCUCUUCCUCCGCCACCAGACGGCGCUCUCAUUACUCAAGAACACGUCUUGGCAGCAGCACGAGAAUUAGGCAACGACGUGACUGUCAGGGCACUAGUGAAUGCACUACGACCGCUCAUGCAACGAAACGAAGAUCAGAAUAAGGAAGUGCUUCGUGGGUUUGUCAAGACACUAUUCAAUCAUGUUAAGGAUGGAAAGAUUGAAUUGAAGCCACAGUAUGUUUUGAAUGGGAAUACUGCUGGUGGUGGUGCAGGACUAAAGUAG